AUGUUAACACUAGUUUUUAUGAGUUUAAAAGUUAUAGGUAUACAUGGGAUUAAUUCUAAGGACAGGCGGCUUCUUAUGAAUGACCCGGAUGUUAUUCAUCAACUUGAAUUGAAAAUCCAGAACCUGCAGAAUAUUGUAAGCCAGAUACAACAGAACGAACACAAUAAAUCCUACAUUGGGUUUCAUGCUGAGCUGAGCAAUGGCUUACAGAACCUUCCACAUGAUACGGUAAUCGUUUUUGAUAAGAUUGUAACGAACGAUGGUGGAGCGUAUGAUUCCAUUUCCAGUGAUUUUACAGCCCCUGACGAUGGUUUGUACAGUUUCGCUUGGACAACGCUGACGAACCCAGGACAUAUUUUCCAUACCCAGUUAACGGUUGAUGGUCGUGUCAUAUCAAGGAGCCACAACAAUGCCGAAAGUACAACUGAUGGCAAGACGGCAACUAAAAACGUCGUUGUACAUUUGAAAAAAGGAAAUCGAGUGCGGAUUCAAACCUAUCAAAGCUAUGGACAUAUACUGCAUGCAGAUUGGUCUUCAUUCUGUGGAUUUAAGGUGUAA